UGGGCAGGCAACGACAUGACGAACUUCGUUGGAACUCUUUGUUUCUUAAAGCUUCCAGUGAGACAGGAGAUGUUUAAGCAGUAUAUCAAAGAGGUUCUCCAUCAAGUGGACCCAGAAGCGAAUUUCAUCUACCAUGGAAGUUUAAUAAAGAAGGUGGAUCUCCUGACACUGGUCAAGAAGAAGAAGAACACAUUAUUUUCCACUGAUUAUGAGGUGAUGGAUGUUACAUUUGCUCAUCUUCUGCCAGAAUUUGCUUCAUUCUCUGAGUAUACAGAAGAAACAGUCAUCAAGGAUUACCAGUACAGUGGCCAGAACCUUGUGAAAGCUGACAUACAUGGAGGUGUUGGGAAGGACUCAGCAGGCGUCAAAGGAGAAGCACACAGUGAACAAAAAGUCUCAUCUGUCUCCAUUAAAGCGAAGAAAGCUGACAUUGUCAAGUUGAAGGAGAAAUACUGUGGCCAGAAGAUUAACACUGGCUACAUACCCAAACUGAAGAAGGGAGAGGUGCUGGCUUUUGUAGAUAAGAUCGUCUUCAACACAGCAGAUGUCACCUUAUCUGGAAAAACUGGAGUGGACGGCUCCUGUGAAGCAAGUUGGAAUGUGUUUGUGAAGUUCUUACUGGCAGGCAACAAGAAGACAGAGAGCUCUUUUACUGUCCCAGCAGGCCAGGUUUAUGCCUACAGCCUCAAAGAGAUCAAAUUUAAUGAUGAAGAGAUUGCUGCCAAAAAAAUAUUCCUGGGACCAGACGCAUUUGAAUCUGACAACUGUACUGCGGAGACACUUGAGGCAACUGAAGCAGCCCUGGCAUCUGAUACAUUUGAACCUGACAACUGUACUGAGAAAACCUUUGAGACCAUGCAACAAGUGCAAGAAGAGUUACUGAGGACAGACGCUGUUUUACAGCCGCUGGCUCAGCUUCCCCAGGAGACUCGCUUUGCUCUGUCCAAGAGCCUCAGUCAGCUCCCAGAAGACAGGGACGCUCUGGCUCUUCUAAAGCAAAAGUUGCUCCAGAGGCGUGCGACCUCUGACACACUUAGCAAUUGA